AUGCAAGAUGAGUACAAGCAUUCCGGAUAAACUUUUAGAGAAACCGAAUUUAGCGAAAAUACGAAAAAAGUAGUCAUAAGAAAGGGAAAUACAUCCAAUAUGAUAUUGAAUUAUUUUAAAUCAAGGCAAGAUUUUGAAAUAAUAUAAUUUAAUACUCCCUAUUCUGACCAAUAUGAUUUCAAAUGGACUGAUUUCAGUUAUUAAUAGAACUAUUUAAACUUCCAAGAAAAUAAAUAAAUUAUAAAUCAUAUCCCUAAUAUACGAAAUUUACUUUCAUAUAAAGACUCUUAUGUUAUAACUUUAAAACUAUUCGAUAUUUAAAGCUAAAAUAUAUAUAAAAUAAAAUCUAAAGACUUCCAUUUUGAAACCUAUAUUUUUAAUUUAACUAAUCCAUAAAUAAAUUAAAAUGAAAAAUUCUUUUUUGAUAAUAUAAAUUCAGGGUAUUGGCUUGCAAAAGACCCAAACGGAUCUUUAGGCAUUAAAUUAUUCAAAAAUGUUACUGAAAUAAAAGAAAAUAUAAAAUAUAUUAAAUAGAAUUUAGUCUAGUUAUUAAUUUAAGCCAAAACAAGGGAACAGAAGUAAAAUUUAGCAAUGUUUUAAGUCAUAUAAAGGUAUUUAGAAAACCCUUUAUUAAUUGAUGGGAAAAAAAAUGACAUAAGAAGCUAUAUUUUGAUACCUUCUAUAAAUCCCUUUGUGGUUUUAUAUUAAAAUGGCUUCGUGAGGAAAUGUAUAAGCAAUUAUACUAAAGAAUUCACUAGUUUUGAAGGAGAUGAGGCAUAUAAACAUUUAACAAAUCGUAUAUUUUAAAAAAAACAUAAAUAAUACGAAACUGAAAGUAACUAAUUAAUGAUCACAAUCGAAUAAUUUGAAUAAUAUCUAUAAUAAAAAAUGAAUAUUAGUCCUUUAGAAAUAUCAAAAAUGUGGAAUAAAUGUAAAAAAGCGGCUUUAUACAGCAUUUUAUCAGCAAAAGAUAAACUUGGCAAAAAAAAAGGAUAUUUUCAACUUUUGGGUAUAGAUUUAAUUUUCGAUGAUAAAUUAAAUGCUUUUUUAAUUGAAUUCAAUACAAGUGCAGGUCUUUUUAUGGAAUUAUAAACACAUUUUAAAGUCAUACCUUAGUUAGUUUAGAGUACUUUAGAUAUUAUAUUAGAAAGUCAUGAUAAAAAUGUUGAUUUAUGGGAUUAUUGGAGAUUACCUAAGUUUAGGUAAUUAGGAAAUUGGGAAGUUAUUUAUAAUGAGGCAAAUGAGUAUAAUUUUUUAUAUGAAAGUGAAAAAAAAGAUAUAUGA